ACAAUGCUAAGGGAUCUGUCCGGAUCUGUGAUCAGCCGGUCGAUGUUGAAAGCCAUGAUUGGACGUAUUUGGCUGAACGCCCACAAUCCAGCCUGCAGGUUUCGUUGUCCCCUUCCCUUUAUCCUCUUGCCGUCGUCCUACCGGUGUCCGUUCCCUUUUAUAUCGCCACCCCACCCUACAUCCUGCGAAGAUGUUCUCCACAUUCCUUACCUUUGCGCUCGUUCUUAACUCCAUCUUCAACGGUGUCCUUGCUGACUUUACUGUUUACGCCCCAUCUGCCGUCCCUCAGUGUGGACUACUCAGCAUCUCGUGGGACUCCACCGCUAUGCCCAUCGACGCCGUGCUCGUAAACCCUCAGGAUCCUUGCGGCAACUCUAUUCAGGAUUUCGGUUCCAACAACUGGGGUAAUUCUCUGAAUGCUACAGUGAUUAUCUCGGCGGGCACUUCGAUCCAGGUCUCCUUGGUCGACAGCAACGAUGAUGAAGCGUGGAGCGGAGUGAUUACUGUCACUGAAAGUGGCGACGCUAGCUGCCUCUCUGGUGAUGGUGUUCCGUCCUCGUCAGUUUCCGAUGUCUCCGUGACAUCCUCCACCAUCUCGACAGCGUCCGGUCCUACGUUGGUCGUCACACCCGGAUCUAACGCCAAGGCCUCGUCGACGUCGUCGGCCACUUCUGCUGAUCCUUCUGCGCCCGUCGGAGCUGUCGGAAGUGGUUCGGGCUCAAAUGGCGCCAGUCGUCAAGUCGCUGCACCCCUUGUGAUCCUCGGAGCCAUGUUCACAGGCAUCCUCCUAUCCCUUUAACGAUACCGCUGGUUGCCUAAGGCUUCCUCGCACCUCCUUUACCCCUACUAUCUUUAUUCAAGUAACACUAAGUGCUACUCUUCUUUCCCUCUUUUUUUCUGGUGUCUGCAGGGUGUGUGGUAUAAUGUUGGUCCCGGAGCUCAAAUAUCUCGAGAUGUGAUGCCGGUGUUGUGUUCCAUUCAUGUAAUAGUUGUACAUCAUUCAAUGCUUUAUGUGUAUGACCGGACUGUGUCCGUCCUUUUAUUUCUU